GCGAUUUGGGAUUUUUUUUUUAUUUAUUUAUUAUUUUUUAUUGUCUUCCUCAGUGUACCUGGGAAACACCGUGCAGUGCGGUUGUGUGUGUGUGUCCUCUUUUCAUUUAAACACCAGGGAACGGGACCACAGAGGCACAGGAGGUCAAUUAAGCUGUUUUCAUGCAUAGAGAAGAAUAGAAAGAGGAGGAAAGAAGGAGAAAUGAAGAAGGAGGAGGAAGAAGAGGGAAGGGAAGGAGGAAGAGGAGAAGGAAAAGAAGAAAUAUUAAGAAAAGAUUUUCACUGAAUUUCCAGCGUUUUAAAGAGGAGGAAGGGGAAGAGAGGAGGAUGAGGGUGAGGAAGACGAGGAAGAGGAAGAGGAUUAAAUUUCUUUCAUCUUUCUUAGACAGUCCUCAGGAUGUCAACAUUGUAUAAUGGUACAGUGUUGAGACAGGGACGAUCGCGUUAUAAUUCACUAAUUGAGGUUACUUUUGAUAAAUAAACAACUAGUACGGAGUCUUUUAAGUAUUUUACAUUAUCUUAUACCGGAAAAUAUUAAGGAAAAGUGGCGUAAAUAAGAAAAAAAAGGCAAAGAUUAGAGAUGUGGGAUUUUAUAACUUGUGGUAUCUUAAAAUACUAGUAUAAGAUAAACCCUAUGCAAAACGAAUAAUAUAACCUUUAUUAAUCAUCAUAACCUAGAAAACCGAUAAAUAUAUAUAUAAAAACCAGUGUAAUUAGUAAAAAACAAAAAAACUGUCCCUGGGAAGUGAGACGGCCCACAGAGUCGCGCCAAAAACGUGGAUCUACAGGCCAGGCAUCUUAUGUUUAACCAGGUGUACAAGGUGCUGGCUUUCAAGGGCUCCUCCACACCUACAGACACACGCACACACCACCAGAUACAGGAAGAAUUAAUUGAUGAGCUACAGAACUACACCAUCGUUCAGGUGGCAGCCGGAGACCAGCACUCUCUUGCUCUCACCUCCUGGGGCCUGAUCUACGCACGGGGUGACAAUGGGUACGGUGAGCUUGGCGUCAACUCCUGCGACAGUCACACCGCCACACGCAAGCUUGUCAAGAGUCUGGCCAGGAAGGUGACAGUGCAGCUGGCCUGUGGCGCCAACCACACCCUUGCCUUGACUGCUGAUGGUGACAAAAUACCUUGGGCCAGUUGGCACUUAGACACUGACAGGGGCCCCAGAAGGAUCCUGCCCUGGUGACCUCCUUGGCUGGCACCCUCUUAGUCCUGCUGGCCGCUGCGGGUCACCACUCUGCUGCCGUGACCCAGGCCGGCUACCUGCUGUUGUGGGGGUCAAACAAGCAGGGUCAACUGGGCUAUACUCCCAAGGGUGAUCCUCUUGUUAGUGACACCCUAGCGUUGGUGCCGAAUUUGGCCUCUUAUUCUGAACCAAUUGGGUAUGUGGCACUUGGAGAGAGCCACACAGCGGCACUCGACUCUUUAGGGAAGUCUUUCAGCGUGUCAUGUCCGCUCAGUUCACUUCACCAGUAGCAGCGGCGGUGAGAGGUCACGGUGCAGGUCUUGUGGCUUGACGCAGCUCUUGAAGGAAUUAAAUGGCUCCUCCUUGGCCAAUCAGCACCGAGGCAGAGUUGAUUGAUGUACAGGUGUGAAUUCAGCUGCCUCCUUGCUGUUCCCGUUGCCAGGAUACCAUGUGAUCGAGGCAGUGUUGGGGAAGGUGAAAUUAUUCAUCAGGUGUGACGUGUGCUGCUUCACUCCAUCCCAUGAACAGUUGCCCACAGCAAUCUCUACCACAUCAGGCCUGACAUACUCAUUGCAAUCAGGGAGUCAAGUUUCAUCAGGAAGAGGGGCUGUGUCACUACCUGUAAGCCUGACGAGGUGUUAGUUAAGUCAAGGAGCGUCAUCAGGAAGAGGGGCCGAGUCUUGCUACCUGUAAGCCUGACAAGAGGAGUCAAGGAAUUUUUCAUUGCAAUCAAGGAAGAGUCAAGUUGUAAGAAGAUUGUAAGGCAAGAAUUUUAAGCAGGAAUAAUUGUCAAGCAGUUAACAGCAGGAAGAAUGCAGCAAGAAAAGGGUACAAGAGUUUUCAAGUAAGAAGGUUGUAAGGCAAGAAUUUUAAGCAGGAAAAAGUAAGGUAAGAAUUUUAAGGAAUAAUUGUCAAGCAGUUAACAGCAGGAAGAAUGCAGCGAGAAAAGGGUACAAGAGUUUUCAAGUAAGAAGAUUGUAAGGCAAGAAUUUUGAGCAGGAAGGAUAUUGUUAAGCAGUUUAGCAGCAGGAAGAGUCCCUUCAAGCUGUUGGUGGGAGUGACAAGCAUCCUUCAGGACUUGCAAAGGCUGAAGUCCUCAACACUAGUCUCACUCAAGUUGACACAGGAGCUCUCUGACACAAGGAAAACAAAUCAUUUAUCCUAUUGUGUAUUUAUUAAACUUUUGUGAUUAAACAAUAUAUAUAUAUUAUUAUCUUGUACAUACUUAGGGAAUGAUUAAACAAUAAUGAUUUAUUA